AUGAAUAUUUCAUCGGCCUCAAUCAUAUUAAAUCAACAAGAUACAAAUAGACAGCAUACGAGUUUUUUACGUACUGAUUCAACAUCCUUGGGACUUUUUGCCACAUGGCAACAUCCAUUUGGUCUCUAUUCUAUUACAUCGAAUAAUCAAACAGUGACAAGUUCAUACAAUGCCGGUAUUGAAACAUCCUAUAUGAGUGAAGGUUUUCUCAUCGGUUUCUAUCAAUUAUCUCCCUAUUGGCAUACGAAUGAUAUUAAUUAUGCUGAACGACAAGCCUAUGUCAAUGAUACAUUAUUCUUUUUUACUGUACCACAACAUAAUCAAUCACUUAAACAUGUUGUCGGUCGGGAUAAUAAUGAUUAUCAAAUCAAUAUAUCGACUGAACACGGUGUUGAAGAGUAUAAACGCUUGAUCAAUCGAUGUGCACAACUUGGUAUAACAAGCAUUACUUUUGCACCAUCGAAUUCCAAUGUAUCACGACGUGAUCAGGGUACUGAUGAUUGGAGAUGGGAGAGUGUGCUGUGGAUGAGUUUAGGCGAAAAAAUUCGAUUAGAACAAUGGAAACCUUAUCGUGAUCCGAUACCACCAACAGUUCAAUAUCUAUUAGAUUAUGCGGCAACGAAACAAGUCAAAUUAGUACCAUAUGUUUAUCCACCCUUAGGUUACCGUCUCAAUGGACAAGAUCAAGCAUGGUUGAUUGAAAACCUACAUUGUCGAAAUUUGUGUGCGUCUUUAGCUAGUGUAGAAUUUCAACAUUAUUUUCUUCAAUUAUUGAUUGAUUUUGCGCAAGUUACAGGUAAUUCGACUUUGAGUUCUUAUUCUCUAGAAUUCUUUUGCCGAGCAUUCGGAAUUCAUCGUAUGAUUAAAGCAUGGUUGUAA